UUUGCGCCAUUUCCUAAAGUUGAAACCAUUGGGGAACGUCGAGCGACGUUGUUCUGGAAAAUACCUCGCGACCCGAGAUACAAUAUAACUCACUUCUGCGUUUCCCUGAAUGGAACCGCGUGUUCCUUUACUUCCGGAUAUCGCUACACUCUAGACGAGCUACUACCAUACCGGGCGUACGCCGUUAAUGUAUCGUCAUGCACCAGCAUGAUGUGUGGAGAGAAGCGUUCAGCACAUUUCUCAACGGAUGUUGGGGUUCCCUCACUUCCAAGAAGUUUAACCAUGGAGUCGUUGGGCACAUCUUGGAUUGAUGUGAAGUGGCAACGUCCAGAAACACCGAACGGUCCCGUAAGCGGAUACAACAUUACAUGGAGCGACGGCGAUCACGGCAUCACGUCCAUAACAAAUGAAACCACGUUCAACGCCACACAUUUAAAGUCGGGCAGCCCCUACAAGAUAUCUGUGUAUGCUUUCAACGAUGGUCGUCAGCAAAGAAAACUUGGCCCCGAAUCAGUUAUAAAUGUGUCUACGGACCCCCAACAAAUACCCUCCAAAGAAACACCCACAUCAACAAUAGCAAUUGCUGCCACAGCAUUGUUCAUGGUCCUCCUUGUCGGGUCUGCUUACGUGACCGUUGAAACGAUACGACGAAGAAAGCUGGCACGCCUUGUGGAGGAAUUUGACUGUCAUCCCCUGGUCUCUGGUGAAAUAGCACCGCCGCCUAGAAAGCACAUCUUAAAUUGCUGGUCUUCCAGCGUGUGAACUGCGUCAAGAUGGAAUAAAAAAAGAGGGCGGAGACAGCACUUCUACGUUUGCUACUUUUACACUCUUAGGUAUUCAGUCGCACUGCAUAAUAUUAAUUAAACAAUACGCUUGCAUGCAACCAUAUUUUAUCGCCAUAAUCAUCAACUCUCACAUUUGACUGUACGCAGGAGAAGUAUAUCGAGCUUUUAUUUAAAGAAUGGCGUAGCAAAUUAAAAACGCCGUUCACUGUAAAGAAAUAAAA